GGGUAUACGCGGUGUUUCCCCCGACAAGGCACACACAUUUGGGUCAUAUUUAGUUUCCGGAUAAGAAUGCCUGGGCCAAAGGGCAUGAUCACUUAGGAAUCCCCCAAGGUCACCCCCCAUGUGGGUCUCCCGCAUGCCCCCUCGUCCGUGGUCAGGUGCUCUGCAGCCUGUGAUGGGACCUUCUCUUCUCCCUUGGGGUCCCUGUGGGCAUGCCAGAUCUCAGUUCCCUGACCAGGGAUCGAACCCGGGCCCCUGGCAGUGAAAGCGCAGAGUCCCAACCACUGGACCACCAGGGAAGUCCCAUCCCUUGAAGUUUUUAAAAAAAGAACUUAUCUUUUAUAGCAGUUUUAGGUUCACGGCAACAGUGAGGGGAAGCCUACCCCCCAUAAAUAUCCCCGAAGAGUGUGCAGUUGUUACACACGACGAACCUGCACUGACAGGUCAUGUCACCCAGAGUCCCUAGUUGACACCAGGGUCCCUCCGUGCGGUGCGUCCUGUGCUUUGGACAGACGUGACAACACGUGCCCACUGCUGAAAUCCCCAGAGCAGUCUCACUGCCCCAAACCUCUGCCCAUGCCCUGGAUUCCGAGUCGCAGAGUCUUGGGGGGUCCCCCAUGGGAACAAUUCCUCGGGACCCCUUGGGGAGUGGCAGAGGCGGGGCGGCCUGCGGGGCGGGAUCUGGGCGUGUUCGGAAGGGGCCGGCCUCCUAAAACCGCGGAGCCGCGCGCGGCCAUGGGUGCCGCGGGUGCCAUGGGGGUGAGGGUCGCGCGCGUGGCCCUGUGCGGCGUCGCGCUGCUCUGCGCGCUGGGCCUGGCCCAGCACCCCCCCGGGGGUCUGAGCUGCGACCCCGGCCGCCAUCUGCAUGGGACGGGGACCAGCGCGCGCUGCUGCCGCUCGUGCACCCCAGCUGAGGGGGUCUGUCCCGAGCCGGACUGCCAGUGUAUCCAGCCUGAGUUCCACUGUGGAGACCCCCAGUGUAAGAGCUGCAAGUACUACUCCUGUCCGCCUGGCCAGGGGGCGUGGCCUGUAGGGAAGUUCAACUUCGGCUUCGAGUGCUUCGACUGUGCCGCGGGGACCUUCUCUGGGGGCCGUGAGGGCCGCUGCAAACCUUGGGCAGACUGCUCCAAGCUUGGGUUUCCCACUGUGUUCCCCGGGAACAAGACGCACGAUGCCGUGUGCAGCCCAGGGCUGCCGCCCACGGAGCCGCGUGGCCUGCUGACCGCCGUCCUCGGCCUGGCCGCCUGCAUCCUGGCCCUGACCGUGGCCCAACUCAGCCUGCACGUCUGGCAACUGAGGAGGCAGAGAGCACGGCCCCCAGAGACGCAGCUGCUCCUAGAGGCCCCGCCACCCCCGCCCGAGGACGCCUGCAGCUGCCAGCUCCCCGAGGAGGAGUGGGGCGAGCCACUGUCGGAGAACAAGGGCCGCCUGGAGGACCUGUGGGUUUGAGGCCCGGAGCGCCCGUGCCAGACCCUCCCGGAGCUGGCGCAGGCUGGCCCGCAGGAGCAAGGGCUCUGCGCCCUGCCGUGGGGCCCCGGCUCUGGGCCCGGCCCUGCUCCCCUCAAUGGCGGAAACAGGUGGGGGAUGGUGACAGUGACCAGUGCUCUGGAUCACGCAGGAGAGGAGGCAGCUGUGGCUGAACCCCAGGGGGACAGAGGCGCACCGUGGCUGCCUGCCUCUCUUGCUGGCCCCGCUGGGGUGGGGCCCGUGGCUCAUUGGUUCCCAGGACAGGAGGCCAUGGGCACAGGACCUGGCUGCAGGCGGCACUCAAUAAACGCUUGUCCGGUGGCCUGAGUGGCCGUGUGCUGGGAGUGGGGAGGGGACAGGCUCCGGGGUCUCCCCCGCCAGUUCUCACAGCCCCCUCCCAGCCUAGGUGGGGGGGUGGGGUAGAAGCUAGGGCCAUUCCAGUCCUAGACACAAGCCCACAGCCGAGACCACGGGGCGACCUGCUGUGCUGCACACCUGCCCUCUGUGCCGCUGGGCUGCCCCGUCCAACACUUGUCCUCCAGUGGCCUGCCUGGCACUUGUUGGGACACUGGGUUCCUUGGUGUGUGUUUGGUCUCUGGGCCACCGCUGCUCCGGCUUCUGGUUCCGGGCUGGCCGCACAUCCUGCUGGCCCCAUGGGGCGCCGGCCCUUGCGUCACUGGGGUCCCCAAUCCGGGGCAAGGUCAGUUUCUAUACCCAACACUUCCUGGAGGAUGUGGACAGCCUCAGAAUGGCCUGGUCCCGCCCUCUCUCCAAGCCCUCCUACUGGCCUCCGUCACCUCACGGGUCCCUCGGGGCGGUCCUGGGGUCCUGCCCAGCAGAGGCGAGCAGUAGUUUUUCAGCCUCCUGACAGGGCUCUGUGGCAUCCAGGGCGUGGCAGGCAGUCUCAGCAGCUGCACUCUCCAGGUGCCAGCACACCUGGCCACCUGUCUGUCUGUGGCUCAGUGCUCUAGCACAGCACCUCCCCCACCUACCAUGCCCUCCCCUCCCACCUGCACGCUGCCCAGGAGAGCCCCUUGACCCCGACCCAGUCCCAGUGGGCAGGUGGGCCCAGCUCACAGAAGGCAGGUGGAGGAGAGAGGGUUCUGCGUCACCCUCCACCCCCCACCGCAUGGGGCACUGCCCACUUCCACCCCUGGAAGGAGGCAGGGGGUGGGGGGUGCUCUGGGACCACCCACAGGGGAAGGACCCCUCCCUCAGCCCCUUCUCCCAGCCCCUCGGCUCCUGGCUCUGGGCAGCCCCUGGGGCCAAGUGAGCGACCUCAGGGGAGACAGCCAGGUGUUCCGGGACCUGCCUGCCACACCCCUUGGCCCCUCUGUCCUCAGGCCACAUCUCCUGUCCUGUCAACCCCUCCCCCACACACCUCUGGGUCCCUUGACUGCCCCACUCCCACGUAUAGGAAAGGGGUCCCCAGCCCUGGCCCAGCCCCCUGCUGAGGCUGUGAGUCAGGUGUCGAGUGCGUUCUGCUGACGCAGCGCGGAAAGUCCUCGCGGGCGGCCUGCGUGGGACAAGCUCCCUGAACGUCAGUGCGGGGCAGCGGGGGCAGUGGGGUGAGGCGAGCGGGCGGGGGAUUCCUGCCCCGCGGAGGGGCGGGGACGCUGGGACUCGCCCAGCCCAGUGGAGGGAUUGGGAGAGUGAGGCCAGGCUCAUGGGGGGCCGGGAGGGGGUUCUGCCCAGGGAGCUCGGCGCUUCGGAAGGGCUCCGCGGAGCCACUGCCACCGGAGCCGCCACCUCCCUCCACGCUGGCCUGCUGUCAGCAGAGAGGCCUCUGCCCCACCAGGCCUGCCCGGACCCUGGUCACCGCCGCUGCAUCUGCUCCCUCCCCUCUCCCUUCCUGCUGGACUCACCUCCCUCCCCAGCUGGGGUCCCACAGAGCAGGGAGGGGCUGGCUUCAGGGCCAAGGCUGGAGGCUCUGCUGGGGCACCCAGGCCCAGGGUGCACAGGCUGCCAACAGGCACUUUGGUCGGGUGGCCUGAGCAAGUCCAGG